AUGGGGAUAAUAGGUCUGCGCAAAUUCAUUGAUUCCUCAUCGUGUUCGAAACUCCUUCAUAUUGAUACGCAAGACGAGGAUGAAGAGACUUUACAGCGCCCACCAGAACGGAAUCUGUCGAGGGCCUCAAGCACACUGCAGGAUGAAUACCAGGGGAUUGAAGGUCCUGUGCUCUGCUCAAGUGAUACAGUUACGCCACACGCGGAUCAUGUUUUAGUUGAUUUGAACUGUAUCGUUCACUCCAGUCUUAGAAAAAGUACUGUCAGCGGCGAUGUGAGCGCGGCUGGUGCCGCCUCCAUGACGAAGCGCGAUCUUAUACAAGCGGUGCUGCAACGCCUGCGGUUUCUACUUACGCGUGUAGUUGUUCCAACUGUCUCUCUGACAAUUUGCAUUGAUGGCCCCGCACCGUACGCCAAGUUGGGCACCCAACGAAUGCGCAGGCGUCAAGUUGGACUUCUCGACACCAGUAGUGCACAGCAGUUGUCCUCUCUUGCCAUUACCCCGGGUUCGUUGCUUCUAGUUGAGUUGGAGAAUGCGUUGGCGGCACAGUUUAAACUUCGCAACGGGAAGGGCUUCUUAGCGGAGUAUGUUCCCGUUUUUCUUCAUGGUUCGACAGUUGCCGGUGAGGGCGAAGCGAAAAUCGCUCGGUCUCUCGCAUUCCUCGCUUCGUGUGGUUUCGGGCGCCACUCGGAAGCUAGUCGUCGGUACAACCCUAAUGAUACCAUAGUUGUUAUUGGCAAUGACAUCGAUCUCACGCUCACAUGUAUUGGUGCCACUCAAUAUCACAAUUUCUCCGUGUUAGGCCCAUCGUCUAUGCAUUUGAUAGAUGUAUCAACUCUUCUUUACCGUUGGCUCUACAGUGGCGUCUUAACGGAGAAGCAACAACUUCCUAGUUGCGGGGAGUUCCGGUUAACUGCACGCGAACUCGCAUCAGUUCGCGUGGACUUUGUGUUUCUGUUUCUUCUUAAUGGUGGUGAUCACUAUGCUGGGGCUGGGGAAGUGGCGCAUAUCUUGUGGCGUCGGUACCGUACCGUUCGCGGGGCUUCGAGCAUGAAGCGCUCGCUUGUUUCUGAGGACCUCUGUUCUGUUGACGUUGAUAUGCUGGCCGACGUGUUGCAAUCUGGUGAAUAUACCGGGGAUGUGGACACGAAAGUCGGGAUGCAACUUCUUAGGGCGACUCUCUGGUCACUACAAACGACGGUUUCUGGAGCAUGCCCCGAUUACCGUUUUGUUCCAAGAAUAUGCACUGAUGCGGGGGGACCGCAUCUCAACCAUGUGCGGGCUGCAGUAGCUCACUGCCACCGUAAACGGCGACCUAUUUCUUUUAUUGCACGAAAGACGUUUACGCGGUGUAGUAGCAGCGACCCCAAGGCUAAUGCGCAACUCGUGGACGACAAUGAGAAGUCGCGUCCGCCGCUUCCACUAACGCCCCUGGAAACUCUGGUUGCUCUGAUGCCCACAGAGGCAUCACUGCCCACAAGCGUCGCAACUGCUCUCCGGUCAUCCCGAAAGUUUGAGCACAUCGCACACGUUCUUGUAUCAAGUAAUGAUGCUCAUGCGGUUGCCGACGCUGCUCGUGAGGCCGUAGAAGCCGCCGAUGCAUAUCUAACGGCCAGCGAAAGAUACUUGCGUGAUUUCACAGACCCCGUUCAAAUCAAUGUUCCACAGAAAGCGAAACGUCUUUCCAGGCAUGAGCAACACCGUAUGCUGGCGACUACAGGGACGAUUACCGUGGAGCAACCCAUGCCAGUCGUGCGCCGCGUUCAGAUGCCAGAGUCUUUUCGCUAUCUCGGUGUGGAUUAUCCGACAUACGUGAAGGAUUUGAUCUUCUUCUCCCCGUUGGAUCUCUCUGCUUCUGGUGAAGCGGCAGUGGAAGAAGCGGAAAUUUCUGCUGGUGCCGAUACCAGCUGCCACACCACUGGCAACCCGUAUUUGGGACACGAAAACAGCAGUUUCAUAACUGAUAUCAAGCACGCUAUCAUCUCUCGUGAUUGUGUGGCCGGCGUCUCAAAGACGCCUUCCAACAUGCGUCGCGUGCCUGCCCACCCCAGUCUUCCUGAAGCUACGUCACUCAAGGAAGUGUGGGCGGGGAAGAAGCCGGCUAAUGUUAAGCAGGCACAUCGGGCUGAAGGUGCUGAGAGAAACCGACAUGAUGGGGCUAUGAAAAAUGGCACUAAUCAUCACAAUGAAGGUAAAACCGUAACUGGAGAAAGUAUGGAAGAGCUGAGGAGGCACUUCCUUCGCAAGAAAGACAAGGCCUUCGUCAAGGAAGUCAAGCAGUUCCUGGGAAGCGAUGACUUUGAUAAGGACUGGGUAGUGCGUGGCAGGAAGAAACCAGAGACACGAGGGAAGGAAAAGCUAGACGCGAAAAAAAAUAACAAAUCCGGGAAGAAGAAUAGUGUGGUGAAAACUAAGGCUACCAAGCGAAGCAGUACAAAAGGAAACGUUAAGAAGAAGGUUAAAACGAAUAAAAAGAAAAGGGGCAGUAAAGGUAAGCAGUCGACUCCAACACGGGGUGCCGAAAUCUCGCAGGCUCCUGCAGAAGGUGACGUACCACCACUCAAGCGCAGCCGAGAGGAUUCACAAACUGGUGGGAACGAAAACACGCGGCACGAUGACUCAAAACCACAGAGCCGAAACAAGCGACAGCGGAAGGUACAGGACCAUCAAAGAUGA